CAAAGAGAAACUUGUGGACCUCUUAUUAGUUGCACUUCCAGCACCACUACCACCACCACCAGCACCACCGGGGAUACGACGGCGCUUUGGUCCACUCUCCCCCUUCUCCAACUUCUUCAUCAUCCUUAUCCCAACCGACCUUCACAGUACUCUCUCUCUCUCUCUCAUGAUUUAUGGCGUCGAUCUCAGCGCCGACCUUCGCUUCGCCGUCGACUCGCUCCGAUCCAAACCCUCACAAAUUCGCCUUCCAGAGCCCGUUCCGAUUGAGGCGAUCGUCGCCUCGGACUCUGCACCCUAUGCCUGGGGUUUCCGAUCACUUCGCCCUCUGCCGUUGCCAGAGCACCGGCUCCGACGCUCCCUCGCCGUCCGGUGGCUCCCGGCGGUGGGACUCGGCGAUUCAGGACGCGCUGAGGAAUGCUAUCAAGAGGUUCGAUGAUUACGUGAGCUCGUACCGCAACGCUCCCAAAGAUGGGGCGAAGAGCGUUGAUGUUGUGGGCGGAGGAAGUGUGGACUCGGAGGAGGACGGUGACUGGGAUUGGGAACGAUGGUGCAGGCAUUUCGCGGAGGUUGAUGAACAGGAACGCAUCGUGUCGAUUCUUAAGUCACAAUUAGCUCAUUCUGUUAAUAAAGAGGAUUAUAAAGAUGCUGCUAGGCUUAAAGUGGCUAUUGCAGCUGCAGCCACAAAUGACACCGUUGGCCAAGUGAUGUCUCACCUAAAUAAAGCCAUAAAGGAGGAACGCUAUCAAGAUGCAGCUUUCAUACGAGAUUAUGCUGGGACUGGAUUGGUGGGUUGGUGGUCUGGAACUUCAGAAGAUAUUCAUGAUCCUUAUGGUCUUAUUAUACAUAUAAGUGCAGAACAUGGAAGAUAUGUGGCAAGAAGUUAUAGUCCUAGGCAGCUUGCUACUUCUACAGCUGGUGUUCCCCUUUUUGAAAUAUUUCUUACUGUUGGUAAGAAAGGUGAAUAUAAACAGCAGGCAGUCUACUUGAGACGGAAGGUAGGUCCUCGAGAUUUCCCACUUGUUUCAUCAAAGUCAUCAAGGCCUAUUGGGAGCUUGAACCCCUUGGAUUCAAAUGAAGAGAAAACUAAUCUGUUGUCUAGUAAAGAAGACAGGGGGGAUGGUGAAGAUAGGGAUGAUGAUUCUGAUAUUGCAGAGGGGUUGUCUAGUUUUGAUAAUAUUUUGCGUGAUAUGAUACCUGGUGUUAGGGUCAAGGUUUUGAAAGUGACAACUCCUGAAAAGGUUGACCGAGAUCUAAUAUCUAAGGUGAUUGAACAAAUAAUGGAUGAGGAAGAUGAAGAAGAGAAUGAUAGUGAGUUAGAAACUGUAGAUGCAGAACAUGAAGAUAAAGUUGAAAGUGACAAAGAGCAGGAAGAGAUAGAAAUGGAUGCUGGUGGUGGAAUUCUUGAUGGUGAAGAAGCCAGUGAAAUUGCAGUUAAGGUUGUUGUUGGUGGUCUUAUGGAGAGAGUUUCCAACAGUGGACCUAACAAUUUUAUUCGAGUACCAGCUAGGCUUGAGAAAAAGAGGCACUCAUCGUUUUCUUUUUCCAUAGAGAAGGAUGACAACCAACAGGUUCCUUCUAGCAAAGGACUGAUUCCACGGAGUAAAAAAGCUAAGCUUCAGGGCCAACGCAGCAUUGACCAUAUUAUGUUUGAUCUUGCAAAGUUCAUUGGCAAGGGAAAGAUACCCAUGAAGGUGCUUAAAGAUGUUGGGGAAUUGAUAAAACUCACACUCAGCCAGGCUCAAAGUCGUCAGUUACUCUCUGGGUCAACUACUUUUAACCGCAUUGAGAUCCCAGCAUGUCCCGAUCCUUUAAAUGGACUCUAUAUUGGUACACAUGGGCUUUAUUCUUCAGAAGUCAUUCAUCUGAGACGUAAAUUUGGUCAGUGGCAAGAAGAUGAUGGUGCCAAGGAGCCUUCAAAUCUUGAGUUUUAUGAGUAUGUUGAAGCUGUAAAAUUAACUGGGGAUCCUUAUGUGCCAGCUGGUCAGGUAGCUUUCCGUGCAAAAGUUGGAAAAAGAUAUCAGCUUCCUCAUAAAGGAAUAAUUCCAGAAGAAUUUGGAGUGAUUGCUCGAUACAAGGGUCAAGGGAGGCUUGCUGAGCCUGGAUUUCAAAGUCCUCGCUGGGUUGAUGGUGAGCUUGUUAUUCUGGAUGGAAAGUAUAUAAAGGGAGGGCCAGUUGUUGGCUUUGUGUACUGGGCUCCUGAGUAUCAUUUCUUGGUAUUCUUCAGUCGGCUGAGGCUGCAAGAGUAGAUUCUCUUUGUACAAAAGUUAGAGUUUGUUUAUUCUUUUGUUCAGAUUUUGUAGAUUGAUGAUAUUUGUUGCCAAGAGGUACUUAAUGUGGAGCUGGUGCAAGCUAUAUUGUGGAGCCCCUUGCGGAUUGCUUGCAGAGCACCAUUGUAUCUGUUAGCUAUUAAGCAUCAUCAAGCAUUUAAGCCAUAGUGGCAGUACCAACGGAAGUUGGGAGAUGCUGUUUAUCUUUGGGUAACCAGUAACCACUGAAACUUCGUGAUGUGGUGAAUCCUUGGCCUUUAUGCUUUUUAUAUAUAUAUUUUGGGCAGUCUUCCAGUAGAACAUGUGAAUCAUUAGCAGCAUUGAUAAAUGCAAACAAGUAAAGGCUUGUCUAAACUGUAGGAGAUGAGCAGGUAUCUUUGUUAUUGCAUUCUUGUUUUCACAUCUGGAUUACUUGCCAGAACUGUUGCGAUUCAGGAUUAGGUUGGAGAUUGUAAAAUACCAAGAGUUGGGAUUUUGAGAAGAUCAGAUCCCAAGAGCUUAGUCUAACCCAUACUAUGAUCAACUAAGAUCUAUUUUGACUUCUCUAUUUAUUUUA